ACGCGUGUCAGCGCCGUUCAUGCCACGCCCGCCAUGGCGGCCCCCAGGCGCUCCCUGUCCCUGCGGAACACUGGGAGCCCGCUCGUGGCGGCGGCCAGGCCCAGCCCCAGCCCCGGGCCCCGCGGGACGAGCGAGCCCGAGUUCGACUCCGAUUCCCAGCUGGAUGGCGAUACCGAGGAGCUGGAGCGCAGCUCGUGCCUCAGCGUGUCGAGCGAUGAGGAGCAGGGAGCCAGCGCGCCCUGGCCCUCGGAGCCCGGGGAGCGCUCGGCGCCGGCCGCGCUGCUGGAGCGGUGCGUGGCGGCGGGCGCCGUGAGCCAGGUACCGCCCGGGGCAGCGGCACAGCGCCGCUCUCCUCAACUGGGCCGCAGUGCGGAGCGCGGGAGAACGACGGCUUUAAACUACUGCGAGCCUUAUGGCUUGUACUAUACAAGCAUUUGCCCGAUAAAACUGAAAACUGAAAUGAUGCAGUUGGAGAAUGAGACAGCAGACAUUACUCACCAUUUUUACUUAGGGAAAAAAUGUGAGAUUUUGCAAGAUAUGAAGAGACACCUGGAAGCCGUACUGAAAGAGAAGAGGCAUCUCAGAAAGAGGUUGAUCAAACACAGAUGUCAAGAAAGCCUGCCUAUUGAGGCUACUUAUCACAAGUCUAUAGUAGAGUUGUUGGCUGAGGCUGUGACUUUUAUUGAGAAGCUUGAAAGCCAUUUGCAGUCUGUGAGAAGCAUCCCUCAGAUACCACAUAUGAUGAGCAAUAUGGACACCACUUUGUCAAAAACAGAGGUGCUCAUGAUAGAAUUGGCUGAGCUGAGAGAGCAAAUACUGAAAUGGGAAGAACUGCAAAAGGAAGUGUAUUCUAACAAUGUAUGCAAUACUGCUGACUUGGACUUUGGCUUAUCUUUAACCUAACAAUUCCUUUUCCUCAAGUUGGAUGAUAACUCAAAGAACUGUAUUCUUAGGGUCUUCUGUGAAAACUGCAACAUAGGUCUCUUUUAAUCCAACAGAGACUUCAUAGGUAGGUUUAUUUCUGUUAUUAAGUAACAGUUCUUCCAACUAUUUACUAAAAAAAGGGACAAUGCUCAUAUAAAGAGUUCCUUUCUGAAGUAGUUGGAUAGGAGUCCCUUGGAGCCUGUAUCUUCAAUGGAAAAUUGUUUAAAUUUUAUUUUGCACUUGUUAAAGUAUCUUUAUUCAUUUUUGUAAGCAUCUUGAUAAAGCACUGUAUUUUGUAUGUUGCCAUAAAACUUUAAUAAAAGCAAUAGAUUUCAAAA